CAUUAAUUAUUUUCUUUCUCAGUUAGUGAUCGAUUUUCAUUCAGUUUGGUAGUAGCUAGCUCUGCUCCGGUGACGCUCAUAGCCAUAUAAUCAUCUUCACACACACAUAAAAAGAGGAGUCUGGAUUAGUAUCACGCGCGCACACACACGGGUCCCAUUUGAUUCGAGUAACUCGAAUACAUGCAUGCAUCACGCAUCACGGGCUACUGCCCUCUCCCUACCUCCAUCCUCCAUCGUAGCAUUCGGAGUGAGUGGUACCCCGAAGUCCAGAAAAGCCAAGAGAAUCUUCCAAAUUUCGUCUUUCUUUCUAACUACUCAAGUGGAGGCAAGUUGUGGUGAGUGGAGGCAAGUAUCCUCCGGAACUGAAGCUCAACUCAAAAGGCAGGCGGAUCAAAUCAACCCAACCCCACCUGCACCUGCAGCGAACUGACUCACUGACUCACUGCCUCUGUUUACUUGUCUUGUUCAAAAAUAUCACAUCAGCCAUCGAUCCAUCACGAAACUCGAUCGCUCCAUAGCCACGUCGCACUCCUUUUCCCUUCCUUUUCUUUUGAAAACUAGCCCAGGCAAGGCAACAUAUUUUUUCCCCGCAAAAAAAAGGCAAUAUAUUUACACUUGCAACUAGUACUAGUACUCAUUUUUUUUCUCCGUUGAAAAGUCCACAGUCUCCCAUGCAUGCGAUGGAGUGCGAGCGUCAAGCCGUGUAAACCCAUCCAGGGAGCCCCGUCACGUCACCUUAUAACUUGCCCCGUAUUUCUUCCUGCCUGCAUGCCUCCUUGAUCGUGACAACAGCCUUCAUUGGUUUCCUCUUUUCCAACCCCACCCCCUCAACAACCACAACCGCACGCACGCACGAAUAUCUCAUCUCAUCUCACCCAAAUAAAAAAUACUAACAGAUUUUUCUUUUAUUACUAUUAGAAUUAGAAAGCAAAAAUGCAGAUAUGAUUUUCUCGCCAACAAAACUGGAACAAGAUUACUUACCACGCGAAUAUUCCCCAGGAGAGUUGAACAAAAACAACUGUCAGCCGGUUCGACUCGCCAGUAAAAUCGUAACAGCCAAGGUUUAUUCCCAACGAUCCCACCAAAAUACCUUUGAUCCCAGCAGUCAACAACCAAGCCCAAGAGUCCCGGGGAAGCAGGAGCCGCACUAUUUAUCUCCUCCAACCCGACGCCCUCCCUCCUCGUCUCAUCCCACCCUAAAAUCUCCAAUCUUCUCAUCUUCUCUCAACAGGAACGAACGAGAGAGCACCGGCGACGAUCCCCGGCGAGAGAUCAAUCAAGGAGGGCUUGCCGCGAUGGCGCGCGAGCAGCUGGAGGUGCUGACGGCGCUGGACGCGGCCAAGACGCAGUGGUACCACUUCACGGCCAUCGUCAUCGCCGGCAUGGGCUUCUUCACCGACGCCUACGACCUCUUCUGCAUCUCCCUCGUCACCAAGCUGCUCGGCCGCAUCUACUACUACCGGGAGGGCGCCGACGCCCCCGGCUCGCUCCCGCCCAACGUCGCCGCCGCCGUCAACGGCGUCGCCUUCUGCGGCACGCUCUCCGGCCAGCUCUUCUUCGGCUGGCUCGGCGACCGCAUGGGCCGCAAGCGCGUCUACGGCAUGACGCUCAUGUGCAUGGUGCUCUGCUCCAUCGCCUCCGGGCUGUCCUUCGGGUCCACCCCCGGCUCCGUCAUGGCCACGCUCUGCUUCUUCCGCUUCUGGCUCGGCUUCGGCAUCGGCGGCGACUACCCGCUCUCCGCCACCAUCAUGUCCGAGUACGCCAACAAGAAGACGAGGGGCGCCUUCAUCGCCGCCGUCUUUGCGAUGCAGGGCUUCGGCAUCCUCACCGGCGGCGUCGUCACGCUCAUCGUCUCCGCCGCCUUCCGCGCCGCCUUCCCCACGCCCGCCUACCAGGACGGCGCGCUCGCCUCCACGCCGCCGCAGGCCGACUUCGUGUGGCGCUUCAUCCUCAUGUUCGGCGCCGUCCCGGCCCUGAUGACCUACUACUGGCGGAUGAAGAUGCCCGAGACUGCGCGCUACACGGCGCUCGUCGCCAAGAACGCCAAGCAGGCCGCGGCCGACAUGUCCAAGGUGCUCCAGGUGGAGAUCGGCGCCGAGGAAGAGGACCCCAAGGCCAACGACGGCGGCGCCGGAGCCGCCGACGACCGCAACUCGUUCGGGCUCUUCUCCGGCGAGUUCCUGCGCCGGCACGGGCUGCACCUCCUCGGCACGGCCACCUGCUGGUUCCUGCUCGACAUCGCCUUCUACUCGCAGAACCUGUUCCAGAAGGACAUCUUCACGGCGAUCAACUGGAUCCCCAAGGCCAAGACGAUGAGCGCCCUCGAGGAGGUGCACCGCAUCGCGCGCGCGCAGACGCUCAUCGCGCUCUGCGGCACGGUGCCGGGCUACUGGUUCACGGUGGCGCUGAUCGACCGGAUCGGGCGGUUCUGGAUCCAGCUGGGCGGCUUCUUCUUCAUGGCCGUCUUCAUGCUGGGCCUCGCCUUCCCGUAUCACCACUGGACGACGCCGGGGAACCACAUCGGGUUCGUGGUGCUGUACGCGCUCACCUUCUUCUUCGCCAACUUCGGGCCCAACUCCACCACCUUCAUCGUGCCGGCGGAGAUCUUCCCGGCGAGGCUACGGUCGACGUGCCACGGCAUCUCCGCCGCCGCCGGGAAGCUGGGGGCCAUCGUGGGGUCGUUCGGGUUCCUGUACCUGGCGCAGAACAAGGACCCGGCCAAGGUGGACCACGGGUACAAGGCCGGCAUCGGGGUGAGGAACUCGCUCUUCAUCCUCGCCGCCUGCAACUUCCUGGGCAUGGGCUUCACCUUCUGCGCGCCCGAGUCCAACGGCAUCUCGCUCGAGGAGCUCUCCGGCGAGAACGACGACGGCGAGGCGGCCGCGCCGGCGCACGCCAGGACGGUGCCCGUCUGAGACAGUCGUCGUCAGAUAGUAUAUUCUGCAGGUUUGGAUGGAUGUAUGGAUCAUUUUAAUGGUUGGAGCGUUCCAACUCAGGAGUCAGAGUACAAGAAUAAUCGUGUGAUGGGUCGAGUUGUCCAGGUUAAUUCAUUAGAGUUGCUGGUCGGGUUAGCAGUAAUAGGGAGUGAUACAAGUUAAGAGUGUAGUAGUGCAUCAAAGAGGCACGCAUAUGUACGCGAUAUGAUGGAAAACUUUCAUGCAUUUUGGCCUGUGUGGACUGGACAAUAUAUUAUACAGUACUAAAUUCUAUCGCUA